AUGGUUGAAGCCCUCCGAGGGCUUCGAGAUCACUUCAGGUGUAGCAUCUGCCAAGACGUAUUCCACAAUCCGGCAACUGUCAGUCCAUGCAACCACCACUUCUGCUUCGAGUGCAUCUCAAACUGGCAAAGUCAGAGCGGCGAGUCGCCAGCUACAUGUCCUGAGGUAAUUUUUCUAGCUAUGACACAAGCAUGA